AUGGGCGAGCUGCGCACCAAGCGCCAGGAGCUGCAGGACGAGAUCGGCAGGCUGAACAAGGAGAUCAACGGUAUCCAGCAGGAGAACAAGCUGUACAACUCCCUGGAGAAGCGGUACGAAACAUUGGUUAAGACGGUCAGGAAUCUGGAGGGAGAUCUGGCAGACCACAAUCUGGCGACGGACAAGCAGCGCACAGACACGCGGCCGGAAGAGGUGCACCACAUGUACCAGGUCAUGAGGCAGCAGAACGAGCAGCAGCGUAGCGAUGUGGACCAGAUCUUCCUCGAGAAGAGGAGCCACGAGGAAGAGAUCUCCCGCAUGGACCAGGAGAUCGCGGCCAUCGCACGUGCCGCCGAAGACCGCCUCAGCGAGCUGCAUCCGGACCAGCGACGCGAGUACGAGGAUCUCCGGGAGGAGAACGGGCGCCUCGCCCGUGAGCUCUCGGAAGCCCGGGAGGACCUGGACCAGGUUAGCGGGCGCCUCAAUGCGGAGGAGGGCAGGCUGCGCACCGACUUCCUGCGGACUCGGUUCCAGCAGCUGUCGCAGGUGAAGACGGAGCUGGCGGAGCGCCUCGAGAUACUCGAUCAGGAGAUCCAGCAGUGCAACCUCGGCAUCCCAGAGCAGAGGGAGCUCUUGCUGAGCAGGGUCAAGAGCGACAAUGCCGACAUCGUGGAGGCCGAGAAGAGGACCUUCGAGUUGAAGCAGGAGAACGAAAACCUCCGGACCCUGAUCAAGCAGGUUGCGAACGAUGCGCGAGAGAAGAAAGACGAUCAGGACCAGCAAAAAUACGAAGUGCUCUUCACGAAAGACCAGGAGAUGACCCAGUUUAUAGACUCGUUUCCCUCCCUGAAGGAGCAAGAGGAGCGGAAAAUUGAGGACAAGUCGAAGAACAUCACAGCGUUGUUGGAGAGCAUCUCGAAAGCAGUAGGGCUCCCCGCCGACACGUCGCCCGACGCCCACUUCAGCGACUUGCAGGACGACCUCGACUUCAAGAACCGACAGCUUCAGAAUGCCGAGACCACACAGCAGCGUUUGGAGGCAGACCUGGCGAAGCGAGAGGGCGAGCUGGAGAAGAUAGAGAGCCUGGACGUGAAGAUCUCACAGGAGCUGAGACAGGUGGAAGAAAAGAUGAGCAAGUACGAACGGGAGAUGGCGGACAAGUACGACAAGAUUGACGUGAUGAGGCGACAAGGGGAAUCCCAGUGUGCGAAGCUGGAGGCUCGCAAGAAGCAGCUUGAGGCCCGCAACUCGGCCCUGAAACAGCAGGUCAGCUUCCUCAAGAUUGGCCACGAGGCCAAGCGCUCGCACCUCGCGGACGACAAGACGGCGGCCAGCCUGGAGGAGCAGGAGCAGAGGAUAAACUGGCACGGCGCGAACCUGUACAACCUGCGCACGACGAUCACCCAGAAGGAGAGCGAGGCGGACUUCUCGGCGGACCGGGCCGCCUGCCUCGAUCCUAGCUGCCCCGAUUCGCCCGUGCCGAAGCGCAGCACGCGCCGUGUGAAAGACGUCAGUGUUAACAUCGACUACACGUAA